GGUGAUAACUGUUCUUGGUGUGUCAGAAAUUCUCAUUGAUAUGGCGCUUGUAUACCUAAUAACAUUUCACAAUGCAGAUCCAAACGUGAUAUAUCUUACACCUAUGAAGGAUCUCCCACAAAGUUAUCACCUUUUCAUGAAAGUAGCAUGUUUUGUGUUUCUGUUGUUUAAUGCCAUGCAGCUCCAUUUCGUGCUACAUUUUUUCACAUUCAUCUCCUAUUGCAUAUUCAAAGAGUUUUCUUUGGUAAACACCCGGAUUGCGAAAAUGUUUGACAAGAAAAACGAAGACACUCCGUCAACGUCAGAAAUUGAAAAAGUACGUCAACAUUUUGAAGACACCUGUUCUCUUGUCAAUUUGGCCAGUGAGGUCUUCAAACACGUGAUCGGUUCCUGUUACAUUGCUUCAGUUCCCGUCAUCUGUCUUAUGCUCUAUGGCUUGAUACACGACAGCUUGGAUAUGGAAGAAUACUUGAUGUUACCAAUGACAAUGGGACUUCUCAUAUUCAUGGUUGCUGUUUCCACCCUCACUUCUGUGGUUUUAAAUAUGAAGGCCCAUUCAUCAUUGUCCUGCUUUCUGAUGAGUGAUUUUUCUCAGCUGUCAGACAGAAGCUUGCAUACUAUCAACACUUUCAUCAUGCGACUCACAACAACCAAUAUUGGGUAUACCGUGUACAGCCUCUUCACGAUUGAUAGUUCGACCAUCUUGAUGCUGACCGGAACUAUACUGACGUAUGUGGUGGUGGUUCUGCAGUUCAAGACUGACUAACUGUUACUAGAUGCGAAGAUACAGAUGGCUGGAACUUACCUACUGUCAGGAACAUUUAAAUUAUCUGACAUAUAUGCAGUGACGAGGGAGGACAAGUUCUUAUCCUGUGAUACAUACUACACACAUUGUAUAAAUAUUUAUUGUUGGU